AUGGGGAUCCUAUUUUUAUUUCCAGCGCUCCGCAACGAGACGGGCGUGGACUCCUUCAUGUUCGACUUCGACGAGACCAGCUACCUGCCGCAGCCGCCACAGCUCACACCGCUGGAGAGGACGCCCGUGGUCUACACCGACGCGUACGCCAAGGCAGUGGCCCAGUUCGGCCCCAUGGCGAGGCUGCGCUCCGGCGUCGAGUGCCAGCGCCUGCCCAACUUCUUCCACAUGGACGCGGUGGACACGGCGUGGAGCACUCAGAACGGCCUGAAGACGCUGCUGCCCAAGCUGCUGGAGAUGAGCCUGCAGGGAUACCCCUUCGUGAUGCCGGAGAGGGUGGGCGGCAGCACCAAGACGGGCGUCAUCGCCACUCGCGAGCUGUACAUCCGCUGGUUGGAGGCCAGCGCCUUCAUGCCCGCCGUCCACUUCCGCACCGUGCUGUGGGACUACGACAAUGAGACGGUGGAGCUCGCACGCAACCUGACGACUUUGCGCGCUCAGUACGGUCCGAAGAUCGUCGAGCUGAUGAAGCAGGCAGUGGAGGACGGCACUCCGGUCAACCGGCCCAUCUGGUGGCUCGACCCGACGGACUCCACCGCUCUCAAGAUCAGCGACGAGUACCUGCUGGGCGACGACCUGCUGGUGGCGCCGGUGACGUAUCGCACGGCCACGAGGCGCGACAUCUACCUGCCCAAGGGCUACUGGCGGGACGAGGUGGACCCCGAGCACCCCACCAUACGGGGCCCCACCUGGCUCUACGCCUACCCAGCGCCGCUCAACACUCUGCCCUACUUCACCAGGGUCAGCUCCUAG